GCUGUUUGAAUCUGCCCUUUGCAACGCAGGGAAGGCCUAGGAGACCAAAGCCUUUUUCUUCAAACAAAAAACAAGGAGCACGACAAGGCUCUGGUACCCAGGAUCCUCCAGCCCCGUGGGUCCUGCUUAGUUUCAGCUCUAAUGAUAAUUGGACAUACCUGUGAAUAUACUAAACACCACUGAAUGCUACACUAUAAACAGCUGAAUUAUUUGGCAUGUGAGUUAUAUAAAGCUGUUAAGAAAAAGAGAAAGUCAUGUGACUAAUUAUUUCAAUUACCAAGAGAUAAAAGGCCCAAAUGUUAUUCGGAACCCCUGUGGCCAACAAAUUGGCAGAGAUCACGGGCUGUCUUCCGUCUUCAAGCGUAAAGUAGCGAAACGGAGCUGCGGGGUAGCUGGUGAAGCAGCGGACGUUUGGGGUCUAAGGAGAGACCCUAGGCCGGCCUCUGUGUCCCGGGCACCCGGCGGCUGAGCUCGGGGCGCCUCGGGUGACUGCGCGCCCCUCCUCCGGCCUGAGUCACGGCGCCCCGAGUCCCCACGCCGAGAGGAUGCGGCGGUGAGCGCUGCCGGACGCCGGGCGCAGCGUGGGCUCCGGGACGCCAGCGCCGCCGCUCGGGACGCCAGGCCGCAGGCGUGCUCUCCCUGCCGGGCCUCGCAGGCCGGCUGCCGGGCCCGCCUCCGCGGCUCCCCGACCUCCUCGGCCGGCGGCGCAGCGGAGCGGCGGAGGAGUCCGAGCCGGAGCCGGAGCCGCGCGCGCCCCGCCCGCCCGCGCCGCCCUUCCUCCCUCCCUCCAUGGCGUUUAUCCGGAAGAAGCGGCGCGAGCAGCAGCUGCAGCUCUACUCCAAGGAGAGAUUUUCCUUGCUGCUGCUUAACUUGGAGGAGUACUACUUUGAACAGCAUACAGCUAAUCAUAUUCAGCACAAGGGCAGUCAGAAUGAAAGGAAAAUCAGAGGCUCCUUAAAAAUAUGUUCAAAAUCAGUUAUUUUUGAACCGGAUGCAACAUCCCAGCCCAUCAUUAAGAUUCCUUUGAGAGAUUGUAUAAAAAUAGGAAAACAUGGAGAAAAUGGAGCCAAUAGACACUUUGCAAAGGUGGUAUCCGGGGGGAUCUCACUCAUUUUCAGUCAGGUAUAUUUCAUUAAAGAACACAACAUUGUUGCACCAUAUAAAAUAGAAAGGGGCACAAUGGAAUAUGUCUUCGAGUUGGAUGUUUCAGGGAAGGUGGAAGGUGUCGUGGAGACAUUGCUUCAGCUUCACAGAGCAUCCUGUCUGGACAAACUUGGGGACCAAACUGCUAUGAUAACAGCCAUUUUGCAGUCCCGUUUGGCUAGGACGUCAUUUGACAAAAACAGAUUCCAAAGUGUUUCCGAAAAGCUGCACAUGGAAUGCAAAGCAGAAAUGGUGACACCUCUGGUGACAAAUCCUGGCCACGUGUGCAUCACUGACAUCAACCUGUAUUUCCAGCCUCUCAAUGGGUACCCGAAACCCAUGGUCCAGAUAACACUCCACGACGUCCGCCGCAUUUACAAGAGGAGACAUGGCCUCAUGCCUCUGGGCUUGGAAGUGUUUUGCACAGAAGAUGAUCUGUGUUCCGACGUCUACCUGAAGUUCUAUGAACGUCAAGACCGAGAUGACCUCUAUUUUUACAUUGCUACAUACCUAGAGCACCACGUGGCGGAGCGCACGGCCGAGGGCUACACGCUGCAGUGGCAGCGCGGGCUUCUGUCCAACUACCAGUACCUGCUGCACCUCAACACGCUGGCCGACCGUAGCUGCAACGACCUCUCCCAGUACCCCGUGUUCCCCUGGGUCGUCGGCGACUACAGCAGCUCCGAGCUGGAUCUGUCAAAUCCAGGAACCUUCCGGGAUCUCAGUAAGCCAGUAGGGGCCCUCAACAAGGAACGUCUGGAGAGGCUGCUGACACGCUACCAGGAGAUGCCGGAGCCCAAGUUCAUGUACGGCAGCCACUACUCCUCCCCGGGCUACGUGCUGUUUUAUCUGGUCAGGAUUGCACCAGAGUAUAUGCUGUGUCUGCAGAACGGAAGAUUCGACAACGCAGACAGAAUGUUCAACAGUAUUGCAGAAACUUGGAAAAACUGUUUGGACGGUGCGACUGAUUUUAAAGAGCUGAUUCCAGAAUUCUAUGGUGAUGAUGUCAGCUUUUUAGUCAAUAGUCUGAAGCUGGAUUUGGGAAAGAGACAAGGAGGGCAGAUGGUUGAUGACGUAGAACUCCCCCCUUGGGCACGGAGUCCCGAGGACUUUCUCCAGAAGAGCAGAGACGCACUGGAAAGCGAUUACGUGUCAGAGCACCUUCAUGAGUGGAUCGAUCUCGUGUUUGGCUACAAGCAGAAGGGGAGGGAUGCUGUUGGAGCCCACAAUGUGUUUCAUCCCCUGACCUACGAAGGAGGUGUCGACUUGAACAGCAUUGAGGACCCUGAUGAGAAGGUAGCCAUGCUCACCCAGAUCUUGGAGUUCGGGCAGACACCAAAGCAGCUCUUUGUGACACCGCAUCCUCGAAGGAUCACCCCAAAGUUUAAAAGCUUGGCCCAGCCCUCCAGUUACAAUGCUUCCACGGCAGAUACUCCAGUCUCUCCAGGUGAAGAGUCUUUUGAAGACCUGACCGAAGAAAGCAGAACGCUGGCCUGGAGUAACAUCACGCGACUGCAGCUCCACGAGCAGCACAAAAUCCACAAAGAGGCAGUCACUGGAAUAGCAGUCUCUCGCAGUGGGUCGUCUGUCUUUACAACCUCACAAGAUUCCACCUUGAAGAUGUUUUCCAAAGAAUCCAAGAUGCUACAAAGAAGUAUAUCAUUUUCAAAUAUGGCUUUAUCAUCGUGUUUACUUUUACCAGGAGAUGCCACUGUCGUAAGCUCUUCGUGGGAUAACAAUGUCUAUUUUUAUUCCAUUGCAUUUGGAAGACGCCAAGACACGUUAAUGGGACACGAUGAUGCUGUUAGUAAGAUCUGUUGGCAUGACAACAGGCUGUAUUCGGCGUCGUGGGACUCUACUGUGAAGGUGUGGUCCGGGGUUCCUGCAGAGAUGCCAGGCUCCAGGAGACACCAAUUUGACCUGCUGGCCGAGCUGGAGCACGAUGUCAGCGUCGAUACAAUCAGUUUAAGCGCUGCAAGCACACUGUUGGUUUCAGGCACCAGAGAAGGCACAGUGACUAUCUGGGACCUCACUGCAGCCACCGUAUUGCACCAGAUUCCAUGUCACUCAGGGACUGUAUGUGAUACUGCUUUCAGCCCAGACAGUCGCCACGUCCUCAGCGCAGGAGAAGACGGCUGUCUAAACGUCGUCGACGUGCAGACGGGAAUGCUCAUCUCUUCUAUGACUUCGGCAGAGCCCCAGAGGUGCUUUCUCUGGGACGGAAAUUCGGUUUUAUCCGGGAGUCAGUCCGGUGAGCUGCUUGUCUGGGACCUUCUCGGGGGGAAGAUCAGGGAGAGAAUCCGGGGCCACACAGGUGCCGUAACGUGUAUGUGGAUGAACGACCAGUGUAGCAGUGUCAUCACGGGAGGGGAAGACAGACAAAUUAUGUUCUGGAAAUUGCAGUAUUAAGUGCCUUUUCCUCGAAUAUUAUUGAACUCUAUGUAAUGCUUUUUUAAACCAAACUUUUAAACGACCUGGUGAACGUGCAAUUAUAGUAGUUAGAAGUCUUACCACAUGAGAAAUUUGUGGUUUUAAACUUUAUAAAUCAUGGUGACUUCACUGAAAGCCCUUAGUUGUCAUGCUCUAAGGCAGAUGGAGAUGUGGCAGUACUGGGGAGAAAAACAUUAACAUUUGUAAGGCAGGUGGUCAGCCCAGGAUGACGAUGGUCAGAAGACAAGUUUGGGUGGCAAAGAGCGUAGCUAAGAGAUACUAAACCAGCUGGGGAAACUUCCCAAAAGCACUGAACAAUUUAAGGACUUUCCAAGAAAAUGUGAGUAUUCUCUGCUGCCGAGUCACUCCGUCAUGUCUUCCUACUCGACACAAUUGCUGCCCGCUGGGUUUUGGGAUGUGUGUUUCCACAGAGUGCUUACUUUCUAUAACCGCCUGGCCCCAGGUUCUAAGAACCUGGGGAAGGACUAGCAGUUCUUGGGAACGGUUUAUUUCAUUAUAGCUAUUAAAUGCCCACCUUUUCUAUGACAUUAAAAUAUUUUUCUGUAA